AUGUACUCAAUUAAGACAAUUACCUUGCUUUGCAUUUUGCUUUCACUCAGCUUCUUAGUUGAAUCUCGAAGAUUUAAGAUAGAUAAAUGCGAUUAUAAGUGCAAGUACAUGUGCAUCUCAGAUCAGGAUUAAGAGUAAUCAAUAAAGUAAUCAUUUGAAAUUUUUAGUUGCCCAGUUAAGUGCGGAUGCGCUCCAUACCCCUUUUAAAGAAAUGUGACUUAGUGCGAAAAGUACUGCAUUCUCUUUUCAGAGUCUAAUGACUGCAUCAAGUGCUAUGAAAAUAAGCUACAAUAAUUUGAAGAUGAAUUCGAGCAGAAUAUUUUGAAAGAAGAAGGAGAUAAUAAACAGAUUUUAUAGGAUUAAUUGAAUAGAGGAUUAGUAGCAAAGGUCGAAGAAUUGAUUAAUGAAUGGAAAGAUUAGAGGCAAGAGUCCCCUCUUUAGCCAAUUGCUAUGUUUCAACCACUGAACCACUAGAUAAAGGAUUGUAUCACAUUGCCUUAGUUAGGUUCACACAAAGUCGAUAUGGACAUCAAAUGUGCUUUAGAUUGCAAAGACAAUAAUUCCCAAAGUGCUACUUAAUUGUGUAGUUGUUUAAGAGAAAAAUGCAUAGUUAAGAAUCCCGAGCAUUUCAUAUUUGUCUAGUAAUCCCUGCAAUAAGUGCACGACCCUAAUUCUUCAACACAUAUUAAAAUGGAAAAAGAAAAUAAAGAGAGCGAAUAACUAAAUUCAUUCAUUGUAAACUCUAUUGUAUCACUUGUAGUUACAGCUAUGCUAGUCAGUUUUGUAGGCUAUGUGGGCAUGAAAAUAUUCCAAUCUUAUUAAUAAAAACAGAAUCGUUCAGACAAUCUCCUUGAAAAUGAUUAUUUAAGAUUAAAUGGGGAGAACUAUCAAUUAGUUGGCAAGUACAACACCUAUCCUAAUACCUCUGACCCGAAUUAGAUCAAAGCAUUAAAUGAAAAGGCGAAGCUAGCCAAAAAGCAUUACUUAAGCCCUAAUACUAGCAUGAAUAGCAAAAACUCGCUUAGAAUGAUAAGUAUGAGUGGUUCCUACCACAAAAUAGACGAAGAAGAAAAAGAAUAUGAAGAAGAUGAAGAGGGCUUUAAGAAAUUAAAAUGA